UCUUCCUCCUCUCCCCUCUUGGUCCUUUUGCUCCUUUCCGUCGGCCAGGCUGUACAGCUGGCAAUUUGCAGACACCGCCGAGUAGGCGACGUCGUGCCUACCGUACACUUUUGAACUCUUGUUUAUCUCCCCCAGCCCUCUUAACUACACCGGCAAUUAGACGGAGCCAAGUGUGAAGGAAACGUGAAGGAUUUCUCUGCCUUGUUUCACCACUUUUUGGACCAUUUAUUCCCCUGCCAAGAAAACAAAAGUAGUUGAAGCGCUCCCUCCACUCUGCAUCAUUAAGGCGUAAAAUGUCGGCGUGGACCGGCAGGCGUCACCUGUCCCUCCUCUUCUUCCUGGCCUUGUGCUCGCCCUGCUGCCUCGCCCAGAUGCCGGCGCCGCUCACCACCCUUCGGCCGUCGGCGUCACCAUCCGCCCCUCAGUCGCAGUCAGAGAGGCUGAAAGUGCGACUGGCCGGAUUUCCGCGCAAGCACAAUGAGGGCCGCGUGGAGCUCUUCUACAAGGGCGAGUGGGGCACCGUGUGCGACGACGACUUCUCCAUCUCCAACGCCAACGUGCUGUGUCGACAGCUGGGUUUCGUCGAGGCCACCGGGUGGACACACAGCGCCAAAUACGGAAAGGGACAAGGCAAGAUCUGGCUGGACAACGUGCAAUGCGGCGGCGGCGAGUCGAGCAUCAGCGCAUGCAAAUCUCGCGGCUGGGGUAACAGCGACUGCACUCACGACGAGGAUGCUGGCGUGGUGUGCAAAGACGAGAGGAUCCCGGGAUUCGUGGAUGCCAACGUCAUCGAGGCUCAAGUCGACGAGAACAAGCUGGAGGAGGUGCGCCUGCGCGCGGUGGUGGCGGCGGCCAAGAAGCGCCUGCCCAUCACGGAAGGCGUUCUGGAGAUCAAGUACAAGGACGGCUGGGCGCAGGUGUGCGACGCCGGCUGGACGGCCAAGAACACGCGUGUGGUCUGCGGCAUGCUAGGAUUCCCUCAGGAGAGGAAGUUCAACAAGAACUUCUACAGACGUUUGAGAAAGCGCACCGCCAAGAGGGUGUCCAGGUCAAAGGUUACCAUCACAGCAGGCGCCAGGCAGACAGCUAAAGCUAACGCUAAGUCUAAACAGAGCAACCCCGGCCCAAGGUUGUUUUUGGAGCGGCAGAGGAACGUGUACCGCGUGCACUCGGUGGCGUGCGCGGGCACCGAGGUGCACUUGGCUGCGUGCCCCAUGGAGUUCAACGGGCCCAACACCACGGCGUUGUGCCGCGGCGGCUCUCCCGUCGUCGUCAGUUGCGCGCCGGGGCUGCUCUUCAUGCAACACCACGCCGCACUGAAGAAGAAAACCAAAACUUCGAGCACGGUGAGGCUGAAGGGCGGGGCCCGGCUGGGCGAGGGCCGCGUGGAGGUGUUGAAGGGCGGCGAGUGGGGCAGCGUGUGUGACGACCGCUGGGACCUGCAGUCGGCCAGCGUGGUUUGCAGGGAGCUGGGCUUCGGCAGUGCCAAGGAGGCCAUGACGGGGGGACGCAUGGGCCAAGGAGUCGGUCCCAUCUACAUGAACGAGGUGAAGUGCUCGGGCCUAGAGCGUUCCAUCUGGAACUGCCCGUUCAAGAACAUCACAUCGGAGGACUGCCAGCACACAGAGGACGCCGCCGUGCGCUGCAACGUUCCCUACAUGGGCCUGGAGAACUCGAUCCGACUCGGAGGGGGGCGGACCCGCUACGAGGGCCGCGUUGAGGUUCUGGGUACCAACGCCAAUGGCACGGAAGGCUGGGGUCUGAUCUGUGGCGAGACCUGGACCACCAAGGAGGCUAUAGUGGCCUGCAGGCAGCUAGGCCUGGGCUAUGCUAACCAGGCUAACCAAAUCCGGCUAGUGGGCGGCCGCAGCACGUACGAGGGCCGGGUGGAGCUUCGGGUAGGCUCCAGGUGGGGUACGGUUUGCAGCGCAGGCUGGAGCACCAGGGAGGCCAUGGUGGCGUGCAGGCAGCUCGGCCUGGGCUACUCCAUGCACGCCAUCACCGAAACGUGGUACUGGGACAGCAGCAACGUGACCGAGAUGAUUUUGAGUGGCGUCAAGUGCACCGGAGAUGAGAUGUCGCUGAUGCACUGCCAGCGACACAAGACGCUCAAUUGCCAGAAGGCCACCGCCAAGUUCGCAGCCGGCGUCAUCUGCUCAGAGACGACGUCCGACCUGGUCCUGAACGCCACGCUGGUGCAGCAGUCGGUCUACAUCGAGGACCGACCCCUGCACAUGCUCUACUGCGCCGCCGAGGAGGACUGCCUGUCCAAGACGGCCGCCAAGGCCAACUGGCCCUACGGGCACCGCCGCCUUCUGCGCUUCUCUUCGCAGAUCCACAACAUCGGGCGCGCUGACUUCAAGCCCAAAGCUGGACGCCACUCGUGGGUGUGGCACGCCUGUCACGGACAUUACCACAGUAUGGAUAUUUUCACCCAUUACGAUCUCCUGAACGCCAACGGAAGCAAAGUGGCCGAAGGGCACAAAGCCAGUUUCUGUCUGGAGGACUCUGACUGCGAGGAAGGUGUUUCCAAGCGUUACGAGUGUGCCAACUUUGGUGACCAGGGCAUCACAGUGGGCUGCUGGGACAUGUACCGCCACGACAUCGACUGCCAGUGGAUUGACAUCACAGACGUCAAACCUGGAAAUUACAUCAUGCAGGUGGUGAUAAACCCAAACUUAGAAGUGGCCGAGAGCGACUUCACCAAUAACGCCAUGAAGUGCAACUGCAAGUACGACGGCCAUCGGAUCUGGUUCCACAACUGCCACGUCGGUGAUGCCUUCAGCGAGGAGGCGGAGAGAAGGUUCGAGAAGUACCCAGGACAGUUGAAUAACCAGAUUUCUUAAUCCCAACAAGCGACGGGUGGAAGGAGAUAUCACGGCGUACGUUUAGGGCACUCGCCGUUGUUUUUCUUUCCUCUACGUAGCAAGGUUUCAGUGAGGAAGCGUCCAUUUUGAAAAUCAGCGCUUGAGCUGUUUUCAGUCAUUCUUUUUCUUGUGAAUGUAUUUAUUUCCCGUUCAAAGGUGCUCCAAAGAUUCCCAGGAUUAUUUUGUGAGAUGCGACGCUGUUUUAUUUUGUUUUUUUAAGAUUUUACAACAAAGUUUGGACAAUGGUAAAUAAAUAAAAAUGCUGUAUGUACACUGAUAUAAUCACACCUGCUGCACUCAAUUAAAUGAGAUGAUGAAUUUGUAAGAAACA